AGUUUUCAAAAUAGCCGACGACUUUGAAUUUCACUGUGUCUCUGCUCCCCCGGUUUCGACGAACCUCUUUGAAGCCCUAAUUCAAAUUGGUCGUCUUGAUUUUCUCCUUUUAUAAAUUAAGUUCGAUGAUUUAUUGUUCUGUUGAAAUUACAGACGUUUUCGUUCACGGUCUAGGGUUAGGGUUUGUUUGGAUUCAGUUUCGGUUGCAAAAUUGCUUAUCAGUUUAUUGAGCACCGAGCCUUGAUUUUCUGCGUUUGUUUGUCUUUUUUUUUUUUUUUCCUUAUUUUCUCUGGUAGUUAGAAAUACAUAUCGAUAUGGAUUUUGGGGUAUCAGAUGAGGUGGUGGGGACUUUUGCGCCAAUUUUGGUGUAUUGGGUGUAUUCUGGAAUUUGUAUUCUGUUUGGAUCGUUGGAGAAUUAUCGAUUGCAUUCGAAGAAGGACGAGGACGAAAAGAAUUUGGUGUCGAAGACGACGGUCGUCAAAGGCGUUCUUCUCCAACAAUUCGUUCAGGCUAUCGUCGCAACCAUCUUGUUCACAGUUACAGGAAAUGAUGAGGCCACCACAAAUCAAAAUGCUUCCCUCAUUGUUCUCGCAAGACAAUUUCUUAUUGGGAUGCUGGUUUUAGAUACUUGGCAAUACUUCAUGCACAGAUACAUGCAUCAUAACAAGUUUUUGUACCGGCAUAUCCAUUCUCAACAUCACCGGCUUAUUGUCCCAUAUGCAUUUGGCGCUCUGUAUAACCACCCCGUGGAGGGGCUCCUGCUUGACACAUUUGGUGGUGCCUUGUCCUUCCUCCUCUCAGGAAUGUCUCCUCGAGCCUCAAUCUUCUUCUUUUCCUUUGCAACCAUCAAAACGGUUGAUGACCACUGCGGGUUGUGGCUUCCCGGGAACCUCUUCCAUAUAUUCUUUAGAAACAACUCUGCUUAUCAUGAUAUUCACCACCAGCUAUAUGGGACUAAGUACAACUACUCACAGCCAUUCUUUGUUAUGUGGGAUAGAAUUCUUGGUACUUACAUGCCUUAUGCGAUUGAGAAGAGAGUCGAUGGGGGCUUCGAAGCACGGCCCACUAAAGAUUUCAAGGAUGAUUGAUUACAUGGAGAUAAAUUUGUUAUAAAUUUGUGCCACUACUUUUUGUUUGUUUGUUUGUUUGUUUUUUUUUUUUUUCUUCGUGUUUUUUCUGUUUUCUUUUUAUACCAAAUGCCUUACUACUGAGGAUUCAUGUAUAUAUUUAUAUAUAUUGUUGUAUUAUUCGGACUAUUUUCUCCAUAUAUGGUUUUUAUAAACGUAAUGAUGAAAGUGUGAAGCAAUGCAUUAAGCUAAA